AAUCCCUGCAGCGUAGGCCAAGAUCGAUUAAUUGCUCUAAGAGCUGGAUCAUGAAUUGAUUUCUCAGUUCUAAUGUAUAUGAAGUUAUAAAGCAUGAUUUGCGCCCACUGAGCGACUCGCCGUCUCCGAUUCUCGCGCAAUCUGAAGGGAACGCAAACACGACAGCCAUAGGCUACGAAAAAUGACGAGCAGCUCUGCGUCCUACAAUCUUGACGACAGGAGAACAAGCGUCUCCAUGAGCUUGCGACACAGCCAGUCCGGCAGACCCUCCACCCCCCAACAUCACCUGCGCUCUAAUAAUUCAUCCUUCGCAAGCACCUCGUCGGCGAGUUCCUCUCUGCGUGGAGAAGAGGAUGCGAUAAUUUUUGAAUUUGGCUCACGAUGGCUUCGGGCAGGAUUUGAGGGCGAUAGCACGCCUACGUGUGUGGUUGGGUGCGGACCGGAAGACUCAAGGAGGGCCGGAGACUACAGAGGAUGGCUGAAAGGUAGCCUUAACGCGGCUACACCACGGCCGCAGUCAGUUGACGCAGAAGAAUGGACUAGUGCUUAUGAACUUUGGAGGAUGGAUGUGCGAGAUGUGGACUUGGGCCUUGUUGAGGACAAGAUCGAGCGGAUGUUCCGAGAGACAUACAAUAAAUACCUGUUGACGGAUGCUGGAACAUCCCGAUUGGUGCUUGUCCUUCCGUCUAUUAUGCCACAUCCAUUAUUGUCUUCUGUCUUGUCGACACUCUUUAGUCGGUGGCGCUUCCCCAGUAUCACACUCCUCCCGAGCCCUACCAUGGCGGUGGCUGCAGCCGGAUUGCGUUCGGCGUUGGUGGUAGAUAUUGGAUGGGCGGAAACAACAGUAACUGGAAUCUGUGAAUACCGAGAGAUUGCUACCAAACGGAGCACAAGGGCCAUGAAAAUGUUGCUUCAGGAGACGGGCAGGUUCCUCACUCGUCUGUGCUCAAACGGUAGCGGAGAAGCAGAUGAGAUCUCCGUGAAUUUUGAAUUCUGUGAAGAAGUUGUCAGCCGGUUUUUGUGGUGUAAGCCUCGAACAGGCGAUUGUGACGUAUCUGAUGUAUCGCAAUCAUCCGAAUCCCAAAAGGGAGACAGUGAGGCGACAGGCCAAGACGUCGCCGGUCUUUUGCACAAGACUGUAUCGAUCCCAUCUCCAUCAAACCCCAGCUCGAGCUAUGUAGAGGUUCCUUUCUCUAAGUUAGCAGAGCCUGUGGAGAAGGUCCUUUUUGCUGAAGGUGUAGCAGACUGUGACUUGGAUGACGAAGAAAAACCGAUUGCUUUGUUGUUGUACAACUGCCUUCUACAACUACCACCUGAUGUACGGGGUAUUUGCAUGUCACGGGUAGUAUUUGUCGGUGGAGGAGCUAACAUCCCGGGUGUUCGACAGCGGGCUUUGACAGAAGUAGCGUCCCUUGUUAAGCAACAUGGCUGGAGUUCUGUCCGCGGUAGAGUUAUUGAACAACAAAGACAAAGUCUACAUAACUUGCGUCUCGAUGAGCGGCUGACCUCGGCCAACAACAAUAAGGAGAACAUGCCGCCGUCUUUUGAAACUCCCACUGGACAGGACGAUCAAGAAAAACAGGAUGGUGAAGAAGAGAUCGAUCCGGUCGAGGAGAAGCUCCGCCGGACUAGAGAAAAGGAUACGAAGCGACCAGUCCAAGGGGUUCUGCGCGAAGUUGAAUCUCUUGGACCUUGGGCUGGAGCUAGCCUCGUGGCGAGCCUUAAGACACGGUCUCUGGUAGAGAUCGAACGAGAGAAAUAUCUUCAACAUGGCCUUGCUGGAGCUAGUCGAGACCUGGAUACUCAUAGCUAUGUCUCUGAUCGACGGUCAGGGUUACGAUCUGGCGGAGACCGAUCGAGCUGGACUUUAGCCGGAUGGGGAUGAAUAGGAACGAGGAGACUUACGUGGUUGCGACACAGUCUGGUAGCGCUGAGCAUAUUGCUCAUUUGCUGGUUUAUUUUCAUGAAUGCUCAAAAACGACUGGACUUAGACACGAUACCCUGAAAUUUAGUAGUACACUUACAUGAAUAUGAUUAAUAUGGUUUGGAACGCUGACA